UUUUUUUGGGAUCCCGCUUACUGGGCUGUGUUUCGUCGACAUCCUGUCGUCUGCAUCAGUCCUGGAUCAAUGGUGUCUCUCAGCAGCAGAACGCCGAGUUUGGAGAAUGACCUGUUCAGGGACAGCAGCAGCAGCAGCAGCCUGUUCUCCCUCGGCCUGAGGGACGGAGCCGGCAGUCCAGCCUCCUGCGACAGCCCCGACGCCGGGGAGCUGCGUGCUAUGCACAGCUCCAGCCUCGGAGAGGAGGAAGAUGAGGAGGAUGACGAAGACGAAGACGAGAGGGGCAGUCUGCAUAUCUUUCUUGGAGCGGAGGGAGAAGAGGAACCUGCGAGUCAGGAGCCCAAGUUGCCAGAAUUCCCUUUCCAUCCCUCUUCUCCGUUCUCCCCAACGCUGGAGGACAUAGAGGAGUUCCUGAGGGAAAAGAUGGAACUGGUCAAAGAGGGGCUACUGGCCCCGAAAGAAGAGGCCUUCCCUCUACCCUGCAGUGACUCUCCAUCCUCCGCUGCACCCCAGGCUGCUUCCUCAGAGACUUGCAGUGACCAAGGGAUUAGUGCCUCACGUCGCCCUUUAAGCCCAAACACCCCUAAGAACGAGCAAAACAGCCCCGGCCCAGCUGACCGUUCCCAUCCUGCCCACGUUAACCCCUCACCUUCCAGCUUGACCCCGCCAGUGCUGCUGCGCCCUCCGCUGGUUCUCCAGCUCCAGCCCGUGCCUCUGGCCCAGCCUCCGACUCCAGCGGGCUCUCCUCCCGGCACCCAAAGUGGCAUCUGGCUCACUCAUGUGGUCAUGGGGCUCCAGGGUGCAACACAACAAAAUCUCACUCUGCUGGCCCCACAGGGGCCCUCCACCGCUACCACUUUGUUAUCACUAAACAGCGGAGAUACCAAGUCAGCUGAGCAGAAGUAUGUGAAGAUCGCCCCUCUGCCCAUCACUAUGAGGACUCUAGAAAUCACGGGCUUGACUGGGCUCGGAGGCCCGGGCAAUGGCCUGUUAAAGGCCGUGGCCCCCAGGGUGACCAGGCUGCCGCCCACCGAGAGGGUCCAUAAGUGCUCCCACCCGGGCUGCGGGAAGAUGUACACCAAAAGCAGCCAUCUGAAAGCUCACUUCCGCCGGCAUACUGGAGAGAAACCCUACACAUGUAGCUGGCCUGACUGUGGCUGGAGGUUCUCCCGAUCUGACGAACUGUCCCGUCACCGCCGCUCGCACUCCGGCAUCAAGCCCUACGAGUGCUCGCUGUGCGAGAAGAAGUUCGCCCGCAGCGAUCACUUAUCCAAACACACGAAGGUCCACCGCAGCUCCAGGCCCAGCAGGAUUAUCAAAGCCACUGUGUGACACCUUCAGCUGGCCUAAACCCUGCCCUAACCCUUCCCCGGUCUGGCCUGGCCUGGCCUGGCCUGGCCUGGCCUGGCUUUGGGUCUCCCUCAGGACUUUUGGUGCUUCACAAGCAGAACUUUCAGAAGAAUCGAGAGUGCUGGCUGCUGUUUCCCCCCUUCCUAUGUUCCUUCCUUUCUCUCCUGUUGUGCUGUUGUCUUUCCAUGUUCCUUGCCUUGUCGUACCGAGCAGCCACCUCAGGGAAGUCUUACAGAGGCCCCUCUCGCAGCCACCGCUGGCGCUGCUGGGACCGAGCCACACCGGGGUGCUGUUGGAAGCAGGGUGGUAAACCAGCAAUAGGAGUGUCUGUAAUUCUGUAAUCCCCCUUUCUACUUUUGUGAUUGCUCUUCUUCGUCUUUCAAAGCCAAACUUCAGGGUCCACAAUGGAUAGAGCUUCCCGUUUUUUGUACGUUGUUAAAGUGAAAAGACGUUGGUGUCGGGUGGCAGCCGUCCCUGUAUAGUGAAAUUAUGACUAAAGCAGAAGGAUCUCCUCUAAAUACUUUUAAGAGUUACAGUUCGCUCUGAAUUAAGGGUGCUCCGAUGGACCGACCACCGAUCCUUAUCAGCCAAUAUUUGUUCUGAAUAGUUUGAUCGGUGGUCUCUAUAAAGGCUGAUCGGAAGAGCCAAUCGGAUGACGCAAAAACAGGCGAGACACAAUAUUAACGUUGGUUAGAACAGACCACACAAACCACCAUAGAGAUUCGGCAUGUCGCCUGGUUCUCUGCAAUAAUACACGGUGAAAAUGAUCUGUUAAUUGUCAUAUUGACAUCAUAUCAGCAGCAUUACACCUUCACUACCGUUCCAAUGUCUAUAACUGUGAAAUAUGCCACAGACAAAAUAUAAAUACUUUUAACUCUGUUUUUAAUUCCAAUUAAAAGCCCUCUAGCGUUACUGUGGACAGAAUCCCCUUCAUUGGUUAACACAAGGCUGUUAUUGGGAAACAUUUGCAGGACCGUGUUGUGGAAAGUGCACACGCUUCCUAACCUUUUUCUGUCUAAAAUAAAUAUAAAAUACAGUACAGGCCAAAAAUUUGGACACACCUUCUCAUUCAAUUUGU